AUGAAAUUAAAAGAGUUAUUGGUUCAGGCUCUUUUAGGAUAUGUUUUUGAAGCUUAUGAUAAUACUAAUUAAAGAACUGUAGCACUUAAAAGAAUUUAAAAAGUUGGGAAAAAACUAAGUAGGGAAUAUGAAAUUCUUUUGGAUAUAAAAGAUUGUGAUUAUGUAGUAAAAAUGCUUGACUUAUAUUAUUCAAAAACAGAAGAUAAUAAAUUAAUAUAAAAUAUUGUAUUUGAAUAUAUGGAAAGUAAUUUGGAAGAUUUUAUUUCAAAACAUAAUAAAAACAAGAAAUAAAUUCCGGAAAAAACUAUCUAAGAAUAUGCUUACUAAAUUUUGAAAGGACUAGAAUAUAUUCAUUCUAAAGGAAUUGCACAUCGUGAUUUAAAACCUGAUAAUGUAUUAAUUAAUGAUAAUGGAAUAGUAAAAAUUUGUGAUUUUGGCGGUUCUAAAUAUAUAGAUGAAAGAGGAAAAAAUACUCCUUAUAUUGUUUCUAGAUAUUAUAGAGCGCCAGAAUUAAUUUUAUGUAUAACUAAAUACACAUAAAAAAUAGAUAUGUGGUCUUUUGGAUGUAUUUUAGGUGAAUUAGCUACUAGUAUUCCUAUAUUUUAAGGAAAAACUGAAGGGGAUUAAUUAUUUGCAAUUUUUAAAAUUUUAGGUUCUCCUAGUAAGGAAGAAUUUGAUAAAAUUGCAGAGAGAGUUCCUUAUGAUAAAAAAAUAUUUUAAGAAUUCUAGACUUAUGAAAAGUAAGAUAUUUCUUUGAACUUCUAGCAUUUAAAAGAAAGUGAAUAGUUUUUAGAUUUAUUGAAAAAAUGCUUAUAAUAUUUACCAGAAAAUAGAAUUUCAGCUAGUGAAGCUUUAAAACAUCCUUUUUUUGAGGGAUUAGAAGAAAAAUAUCCUUGAUAUUUUUUUUUUAUAUAUAUAUUUCUAUUGUAUUUUUUUAUUUUUUCUAAUUACUAAGUUUUUUUUGUUAUAAUU